CCAUCCACCCACUCCUUCGUUUCUUCAUCACUGACCGCGACCAUCAAUUGUAGGGGACGACCAUGCCACCACAAGUGGACGUCGUCAUUGUCUUCCGGUCUACGCCCAAGGGCGCCGCACUAUCCAAGAAUGAGCUCAAGGAAAACGCCGCUAAAGCCGAGAAGCAGUAUUCGGUCCUCGUCGACACGCUCACGCGUGCGGGGCUCAAGGCAGUAGGGCGCCGGGGAGAGAAUCAAGGCCAGUUGCUCGUGCUCGUCACCUGCCCACAGAACCUGCUCGCCACGCUCGUCCACAGGGAAAGGCAAUCCGACUUCCUCUAUGGCCUCCCGAUGGCAAACCUUCCUGCUUUCUCGGACGACUUUGACACCGCACCCCUUACACCUGCCGAUCGUCUGCGUCUCGUACAUGCAUUCAUCACCUCCACCCCGCAGGAUGGCGGGCUCGGCAUCAUUCCCCUAUGCAAAGAGUGGGACCUUGUCGAGUCUGUCAUGGUUCUGCACGACCCCCUUUUCAACGAACAAUGGAUCCACCUGUGGACGCGGAAUCGGAUAGCGACGGUGCAGCUGGACAGAAUUAGGUCUCAGUUUGGAGACUCCGUCGCCCUCUACUUUCACUUUCUCGAAGCAUACACCCGUGCGCUUGCCGUCCCCGCCGCGCUCGGGUUUGCCUUCUAUUUCCUUGGCACGCCCUACUCCGCGCUCUACUCCUCCCUUCUGCUCCUCUGGUCGAUCGGCUUCGUCGAGUGGUGGCGCCUCCAGGAGCGCAAACUCUCGGUGCGCUGGUGCACACGCGGCUCUGCACGUGUCGAGCGCCGGCGCGCGGACUACGUGCCCGGCUUCCCGUGGUGGAAGCGCGAGUUGCGCAUCGUGGCUAGCAUCCCUGUCAUAUUGCUGUUUGCGAGCGUGCUUGCUAUCAUACUCACGGUGAUCUUCAUUCUCGAGGCGUUUGUGACGCAGCUAUAUACGGGCCCGGGGAGCAAGCUCGUCUCGUUCAUGCCGACCGUCCUCUUCAUGGCGAUCGUCCCGCAGAUCCUCAACAUCUACAGGGUGCACGCGACACGCUACACCGACUGGGAGAACCACUCGCACCAGUCCACGCACACCGCCUCGCUCACCAUCAAGGAGUUCGCGCUCGCGGCGAUCAACGCCUAUCUCGGGCUCGCCCUCUCCGCGUUCGUCUACGUCCCCUUUGGUGAAAGCGUGAUGACGGCCGUGCACCAGACGCUCCUCUCGGACCGCGGCUCCGCCAUUCUCCAGCGGCUCAACAUCGAUCUGAACCAGACGCUCGGGUUCGGGAUUGGGCAUGGGAACGUCACUGCUGCGAAGCCUCCGCUUCAGGCGGGCGAGCAUCACCACCACCAUGCGGACGCGCAUCAUGCGUAUUGGGAGGUGGACGGUGCGAGCGCGCGGCAGAAGCUGAAUCCGUCGAGGCUGCAGGAGCAGAUGUUUGCGUUUACGGUCACGAAUCAGGCGGUGAAUACGUUUAUGGAGAUCGGGCUGCCGUUCGUGAUGCGCGCUGUGGACUCGUUUCGCAACGGAAAGGGGCUCAGUGGGCACGGCGGCGGCUCUCGCGGGGGGUUGGGUAAGGGGCAGAAGAAGAAGCGGGUUGCGUUUGAGAAGGAGGGCGCGGAUGGUGAAGAGGGCAAGGGGAAGCGCUCGCCGAGCCAGGACGCGCGGGGCAAGGAGGAGCGGGAGUUCCUCGAAAGAGUCAGGAGCGAGGUGGCAUUGCCUGAGUAUCAGGUUUUCACGGAUUAUAGCGAGAUGGCGACACAGUUUGGGUAUGUGGCGCUGUGGUCGACGAUUUGGCCACUUGCACCUGUGAUGGCAUACGUGAACAACUUUUUCGAAGCACGUUCGGACGCGUUCAAGAUCACCGUGCACACCCGCCGUCCAGUCCCGAUCCGCACAGACACGAUCGGCCCGUGGCUCGACGCGCUCACGUUCCUCACCUGGCUCGCCGCCCUCACGAACUCGGCUCUCGUCUACCUCUUCCGUCCGCCGAGCCACCGCCAAGCAGGGCCGGACGCGUUCGGCACCGCGCUCAACAGCGACGAUCUCUCCGCAGCCGGGACUGGGCCUGCAGUAGACGCAGCGCCCGGCCACCACCACCACGCACACGGACAAGACUCGGGCGCAGCACUCGCUGGGACGCGCGAGCUGCUCGUUUCGGCGCUGUUGGUAUCGCUCGUGGCGUCGCACGGGUAUAUUCUCCUGCGGAGUCUGAUGCGGCACUUGCUCGAGCGCGCGAUAUGGACGGGCAGCGAGGAGGAGCGAACUGCGGAGAGGGUCGAGCGGGAGAUCAAGGAGAAGUAUGUGGGUAGUUUGGCGGGGCGGAGCGCUGAGGGCGAGGGCGAGGGCAGGAAUGUGGGGUUGGAGGACGCAAGGAAGGAUGUGGAUGAUGGGGCGCCGAAUGUGGAUGAUGAUGGAAAGGGCGGACAGGGUGGGGAGUGGAGUGGGUUUUGGGCGACGGAUGAGGGGUUGGAUGAGAUUCAGAAGUUGGUCAAGGAGGAUUGAGCGCGGACACUGGUAUGGGUGGCGUUCUUGUUUGAACAGGUUGAGCAAUUACUUUGGUCGCUGGUUGGAGUGAUGAUGAUGUUGCUCCUGUGUGGACAGUUCCGUAGAGAUCAACAAUGUAAACUCACAUGAACCUG